AUGUGGGUAACGGGGGAACCGGUACUCGCCGACGACGGGGGGACGGGGGCGAGCGGCGACGGGGGCGCGCGGGGCGAGUGGGGUUUACGUACGGGCGGCGGAACGGGGCGACGCGGGGUCCGGGCGCUAGGGGCACAAGGGCGUGACGGCACGCACGUACGACGCCGACGACGGGGGGGGGCUAGGUGGGGGGCGGGGGGAGGAGCGGGCGGCGGGGACGGGAGGACAAUCGCGACGGGGGGCGACGGUGGCGCGGGCGGGGCGCGGGCGGGCGGGCGGAGGGGGGACGCGGGCGUCGCGUGCACGGGCGCGGGACGCUGUCGGGCGGUACGGGUACGGACGGACGCUGCGGCGGGGUGGGGACGGGGCUCGCGGGGGGGGCUACGUACGGCGGGGGGGGGCGGGACGGGGGGGGGGGAGCACGCCUGCUACGACUGGGGGGGGGGGACGGACGCGAAACGGGGUACGGGGACGUACGGCGGGAACGGCGUUACGCGCACGGGGCACGCUAUUCUAGCGUACGGUGUGGGCGGCUGGCCGGCGGGUACCGGUGGGGUACGGCGCGACGCGGCGGGGACGGGACGGGCGCGGGGGGGCUCGGGUACGCUGCUACGGACGGCGAGGGCGUGGACGACGAAAAACGGCCCAUGCACGACCGCGCGCGGCACGGGGGCCGACGCGGGCGCGGGUACGGGGGUUGGGAUCUGCACGCCGGGGGUGUGGAGACGGGGGAACGCGUACGCGCUCGGGACGAUUACGGGCAAGGAGGGGCCUAUCUUGGGGCGGAUUACGGGGGGGGGGCGGGGGAACGGUCUGGUACGGCCCGGGGGGAUUAAGGAGCGGUACGGCAUACGGGCGACCGCUACGUACGGCUACGUGGGAGGGGGGCGUCGCGUGGGGGGGCGGCGGGCGGGUUAUUACGGGACGCGGGACGCGUGCCGGGUACGCGCUUGGUCGGGGGGGGGCGCGUGCGACGACGCGGGACGGCUACGGGGGGUACGGCGGGGGAGCGCUGCGGGGGCGCGGGACGACGGCGGGAUCGCGCGGUGGGCGGGGAUCGGCGCGAACCACCCGGCCGGGGGGGGGGGGCAGGCUGGGGGGCGGCUGGUCUGCAACGCUCGACGAACGGCGCGGGCUACGGCUACGGAUACGAACGGGCGGGGCGGGACGAGGGUGGUACGGCGGGCGUGGCGCGUGGCGCGGGGGGUUCGGGGACAUACCCGGGGCUGGGCGGGGGCUCGGGCCGGACGCGGGGGGGCCUAUAUUUCACGCGACGGGGGUUUCUGCUACGGGCUGUACGGCUGGGACGCGCGGGUAGGGGGGGGGGGGGGGCCAAGACGACGACGCGGGACGCUAACGGGACGGACGGGGGGCGGUACGCGGCUGGAGGGGGCCGGGGGACGGCGGGGCACGACGGGGGCGGUGCGCUAA